GUCUAUUUAAAGUUUUGUUAAAGAACUAAAGUGAAGCUGUUAUGAAAAACAUUCUUUUCAUGUUGGACUAACAAGAUACGGCUUGUGUGCGCGUGUGUGUCUGUAUUGUGUGUUUGUGCUUCUUGCUGUAAGUGGUGGGUGGCACCACAACACUGCUCUGGAUUUACUUUGACAUCAGCUUUCAUGGUCACCACCGAAGGACAGUGAGACUGCGUGCCGUGCAAGGAAACAUAGACCAAAUCCUGGGCAUCAACUCCACUAUACAUCCAAGAAGAUCAGAAAGAAGAAACAGAUGGCACCGUGGACUCCACAGGGGCUAAAAACCCUCGGAAAACUAAGAACUAUGAAAAGUUAAUGGUUAGAAACUACUAACAACAGCUCAACACAAACGUCUAAUAGGGACAUGACAAUGUACAUGGGCUACAGAGUCAUCACUGACUACAACUUCACUGUAUACCUAAAUGGCACACAGGCAGUCGUCUCAGAUUUUCUGCAGACGGAGAAUCAUCAGCGUUACCUUAUCAGCCUCAUCCUCUCCAGCCUCUACAUCAUAUUGCUCUUCCCUGUUGGCUUAAUCGGGAAUAUCCUUAUCUUAGUAGUCAACCUGGACCACAGGGGCCCCAUGGCAGCCUCAGACCUCUACUUUGUGAACCUGGCUGUGGCCGACCUCAUCCUUGUGGCUGACUCUCUGAUCGAGGUGUUCAGCCUGAAGCAGGGCUACUAUGACAAGGCUGGACUCUGCACCUUCAUGAACCUGUUCCAGCAGGUCAACAUGUACAGCAGUGUCUUCUUCUUAACAUGGAUGAGCUUCGAUCGGUUCGUUGCACUGACUGGCAUCAUGUAUCGCAGCAUGGUGUGUGCGCGCCUCAGCUGCUGCCUCAUCUGGGUGUCCUCUUCCUUGCUCACUCUGCUGCCUUUUGCUAUAGCUCAAGCUCAGCACGCUGGAGAACUCACUUUCUGCUUCGCCAACGUGACCCAGAUUCAGUGGCUGGAGGUGAUGCUGGGUUUUUUGCUGCCUUUCUGCAUCCUGGGCCUGUGCUACUGGAGAAUAGCACAGGUGCUCCAGCACAGCCAGAGGGAACAAGACAGCCCACAGCGGAGGCCUCACAGGCAGAAAGCCCUGCGAAUGAUCUCAGCAGCUGUCCUAGUCUUCUUCCUCUGCUGGCUCCCAGAGAAUGUGUUUGUAAGUGUUCACCUCCUGAGAGGUGACACAGACGGUGGCACACUGUGGCAGGACUAUCCCCUGACAGGUCACACUGUCAGGCUGGCAGCCUUCUCUAACAGCUGCCUGAAUCCACUCAUCUACAGCUUCCUUGGGAAGACCUUCCAGGAUAAAAUGAAGCUUUUUCUCCAGGCGAGGAGCAGAUGGGCCAAGCUUCACAGGUCAGCCUCAGGAAAAUCCAUCUAUCUACCAGCUGCAAACACAUGCGGCCAUGCAGCAUGCAAUAGACCAUGCCAUGCCACACAUUUAAGUUGUAACAUCCACUCACACACUGUUAUAGUCUCUGCAAAUGAAAACCUGCUGCAUUUGGUAGGUCGCGCAGAUUAACACAUCACAAACCUGUGUUUUGAGUUUAAAGACAGUUAUUCAUGGUUAAUGUAAAAAUAAGGAAUUCCAACUGUUGUGGAAACCUGUGCUGAAUCAGUUAAUUAAGCUUCACAUACACCAUGUAUUGCAAAUUUUGGAUCAGUUGUUUUUUUAAGGUGUCUUGUCAAAUGACAAUUCAGAUUUCUGAUGCCAUCUAGAAUCUAACAUCAGAACAUUUUUUGUCAUUUAAUUCAAUAUGCAAAAAAAAACUCUAUGCACUGAACAACUUUCCCUGCUCUAAACUGUUUUUCAGUUCCUUGAGACCUUCAGAUAAUACAAAAUUGUAUUGCAUUGUAAAUCAGCAAUCACAGUUCAACUGACUACUCACAGAAACUAUCAAAAUGAAAUAAUGAAAUCAUUUAAAGGCAAGA